AUGAAGCUGAAUGGUUUCACGGCGAUGGAAUCGCGUGAACUCUGUCUUAGGCCUAACGUAGGAGAGAAGCACCAGGUCAUUCCUCACGGUGAACGGUCGAUUCCUUCGAUCCGUCCUGACCCGCCGCCUCAAUCCGCGCAGUCGAUCGACUUUUUCCCGGACGUCGCUGUAUUUUUCUAUACUGCCUGUGCUUACUGCAAGGAUGGAGACCUCCAGCUAUCUCCUAGCGUUGGUCGACCGUUUGAAGAAACGAAAAUUGAAAUUUGA